GUAAACUCGAGUACGCCCGUCCACCCACAGGCUUAUCGUUCACCGGAUGGGUGUUUGGAUCGAGGCUUUUGUUGAACGAAAGGAAUCAGAGAUCUGAGGCAGGAAAGCGCGAUGGAGACGGAGCGGUGAGGAGGAAUCGAGGCGAGAGGCAAGAAACAAUGGAACGCGUUAUCAAAGCCGCACGGUCGUCCGGAUCGCUUAAUCUCUCCAAUCGCUCACUCAAGGAGGUGCCCGAGGAGAUUUAUAGAAACUUGGAUUCGCACGGGGAGGAUGACAAGUGGUGGGAGGCUGUGGAAUUGCAAAAGCUGAUUUUGGCUCAUAACAACCUUGAGGUGCUGAACGAGGAUUUGAAAACUUUGAAUAUGCUGACUGUCUUAAAUGUCAGUCACAAUAAACUAUCUUCGCUUCCGAUAGCUAUAGGAGAGCUUCCAUUGUUGAAGGCUCUGGAUGUGUCAUUUAACUUGAUAACAAGCAUUCCUGAAGAGAUCGGCUCUGUGACUUCUUUGGUCAAGCUAGACUGUUCAAGUAACCAACUUAAAGAACUCCCCUUCAGUCUUGGAAGGUGCUUAGAUUUGUCAGAACUUAAGGCAUCAAAUAACUGCUUGACGAAAUUGCCAGAUGAACUUGCCAACUGUUCCAAGUUGAUUAAACUGGAUGUUGAGGGAAACAAGCUUACGUCUUUCACUGAGAAGAUGCUGAUGUCAUGGACUCUGCUGACAGAAAUCAAUGCUGCAAGAAAUUUUCUCACCAGCAUUCCAGAGAGCAUAGGUCUACUUGUAAAACUGAUCCGACUGGACUUUCAUCAAAAUAAAAUAUCAUCAAUUCCAUCUUCUAUCAUGGGUUGCUCUUCGCUUGCUGAGUUUUAUAUGGGAACCAAUUUACUAUCAUCUUUGCCAGCAGAGAUCGGUGCACUUUCUCGUUUAGGGACUUUAGAUCUUCAUUCGAACCAGCUGAAGGAGUAUCCUGUGGAAGCCUGCAAUUUGCGACUCUCUGUCCUAGAUCUAUCCAAUAACUCAUUGUCCGGCUUGCCAGCUGAGAUUGGUACAAUGACUUCUCUAAGAAAGCUAUUGCUGGCUGGGAAUCCCAUAAGAACUCUUCGAAGCUCAUUAGUGUCUGGACCCACACCAAUUUUGCUAAAGUAUCUUCGGAGUCGGCUUUCUGCUGAUGAAGAAUCUGGGUCCGGGACUAAAACUAUGAAGGAUGAUCAAAUUGCCAGAGCAACUCGAUUGUCUUUGUCUUCAAAGGAAUUAAAUUUGAGUGGUCUAGGAUUGACCACUGUACCUCCUACAGUAUGGGAGACGGAAGAUGUGGUAAGAGUUGAUCUUUCCAAGAACUCGAUUGAAGAGCUGCCAAAUGAACUAUCAACUUGUUCAUCACUUCAGGCCUUAACUCUGUCAGGUAACAAGAUUAGAGAAUGGCCGGGGGCAGUGCUGUCCACUCUUCCUAAUCUUUCUUGUUUGAAGUUGGACAAUAACCCAUUAGUACAGAUUACACGCAAUGGCCUCGAAUCCCUUACAAAUAUCAAAAUAUUGGAUUUAAGUGGCAACAAAUCCUCAUUGCCAGAAUCUUUUUCAUUUUCCAGCUUACCACAACUGGAGGAACUUUACCUUAGACGGAUGCAACUCAAUGAAGUGCCUCAAGGCUUGCUGACCUUGCAACGAUUACAGAUUCUUGACCUUAGCCAAAAUAAUCUUGCCUCAAUGCCCAAGGAAAUUAAGGGUUUAACUUCACUUGCAGAACUUGAUCUUUCAGACAACAACAUAUCCAUCCUUUCUCCGGAGAUGGGUUUGCUAGAGCCCAGUUUACAGGUUUUAAAACUUGAUGGGAAUCCACUCAGAAGCAUUAGACGACCAAUUCUAGAUCGAGGAACCAAGGCUAUUCUCAAGUAUCUUAAAGAUAAACUUCCAGGUCAGUAGUUCGGCAGUGCAGACAUGGGCAUAUUUCCUACCUUAUGUUAUCAUUCACAGAUCAGAUCAGAUCGCAGCAGUCUUCCAGAUGGCAAAAAUUGGUCUGACAAGAAGCGUUCUGUAGUCAGCUUUUUCCUAAAGCAAAUGGAGGGCCUAAAAUGCUAUGUACCAAAUUUUACCAUGCAUUUUUGUCGCUCAUUCAUUUGACACUUGAGUGUGUUAAUCAUGCUUUGUAAGCUGUUCUUGUGUUGCUUGUUUCUGUAAUACCAAGACAGACAGUUGAUUCUGUUUGCAUUUUUUUUGUUUUAUCAGUUUUGUUUAUGAUUGGAUGUAAAAUGAUGCAUUUUAAUGGAUGAACCAUGUAUGCUGGCUUGA